AUGAACGAAACGAAACGCAAUGACGCAUCCGGAAGUGAAUCGUCGGCGAUUAAGGUUGAAGCGUUGGAAACUGAAAAACGUCAAAUGGAGAGUACACUGAGAUCAAUGGAACGUCAGUGUGAACUUAUCGAAGAAAACGCUAAAUUACGUGAUGGUCUUGCAAUAGCUAUUGCAAAGGCUGAGAGAUUCAAGGAAGACUUGGAAAUUGUGAAGGAUGCGAAUAGUGCGUUGAAUGAGGAUUUAAAGAAAGCACGAGAUGAUAAGAGUAAUGCUAUUGUACGAGCGGAGACGUUACAACAAGCAAUAGGUGAGAAGGAGCGAUUAGUCGCAUACUUACAG